UGUUAUCUGUGUGUAUCAGACUCAUAACAAAUUAUCAUUUUCAUCUAGAGAAAAAGAAGGAAUGAAAUAAUGCCUACAAUAAAAGGAAGAAUGUGUGUGUCCUUUGCACACACACACACACACAAAACUAGCUUAGGUUCUCUGGUGUAGUUUAGCAAAUUUUUCUUCUGCGCAUGAAAGUAAUAUUUUUAGUGUAGUGGGUGAGUGUAUUCGAUUCGUCUGUAAACGUGAGCUGAUAUAUCCGGGUCGUUCAGAUUGUUAGCCAAAGCAAACAAACAGCAAGAAAACGAAAGCAGCAACUCUGUCGACGGUGGAGUCCACAGCUCAACAUCCUUUCCCACUGAAGACCGCCGUGUUGUUUAUCCUGUUAGCAUCGUGUUUAACAGGUGAAUGGAAAUGCUACGAUUUUUCUUUUUUCUCCUGUGUGUAUCUCCUUGUCUGCUGACACAAACUACAGAGAGGGAAAAGUCUGGACACCCUGGCAACUCUAGCAAGCCACACGACUGGUCGUCCACAAACUGUGUGACUGACGAGGAGUGCGAUGACACAAACGCUGUGUGCUACCUGGACAAGUGUCGAUGUCGACCUGGAUUGUUUUUCUCAACGACUUAUUACAUUUGUUCUGCCACAUGCAGCACAGAAGACUUGCACAACACCUUCAUGGAAUAUCCAAACAGCGGUUUAAAGGGUCACAUUCUUGAGAUCAGGGAUGGACUCAGUUUGGAAGACUGCAAGAAGCUGUGUCUGAAUAAUAAUCGCUGCCUCACCUAUGAUUUCAGAGAUUCAGCCGUAAGAGGGCUCUGUGUUCUGCAUGACGUCACGGCGCAUGAGUCGCCCUCAGAGUGGUAUCCUAAGACGGGUAAAGGAUGGACCCACUACCAAAGAUCCUGUCUUACAAAGUUCGCCUCAUACCCAGUCUGGUACAAUUUAUUGUGUUACAACGACCUGGACUGUCCUGACCCCUACAGUCAGUGUUUGACAGGCAGAUGUGUCUGUCCUUAUGGUACAGUCUUCAGCAAAAACGAGGCUGCAUGUCGUUUUACAGAUUCGUGCCAAGACUGGCAGGACUUUGGAGGAAAGACUGGUGUUUACCCCAUUCAGAUGGCAGACAACAAGGAGAACCUGACAGUGUGGUGUGACAUGGACACUAACGGCGGUGGUUGGCUGGUUUUCCAAAGACGCCGCGAUGGUUCAGUUGACUUUAACAGGAACUGGGUGGACUAUGAAAACGGCUUCGGUGACGUCAGUGGGGAGUUCUGGCUGGGCUUGUCCAGGUUGUACAGAUUGACCAAAGACAAACCUGUCCGACUGCGUGUUGACCUUAGAGAUGCGAAUGGCGAGAGUGACUACGCUGAGUAUUCAUCAUUCAGUGUGGGUGGUCCUGAGACAGACUACAGACUGAACGUGUCCGGCUACUCGGGUAACGCAGGUGACAGCAUGGAGUAUCACAACACCAUGAGUUUUACAACCUAUGACCGAGACGACAAAUACUUUGACAACUGGGUCGGUAUGUUUCACGGCGCCUGGUGGUACAACGACCGUCACCACUCUCACCUCAACGGCGUGUACAAGGUUGACGGGUUCGUUGAUUAUACUGGCAUCAACUGGUACCACGCCAAUAACGACUUUAGGAGCUUCACGUUCAGCGAGAUGAAACUCAAACCAGCCUAACAUCGCCUUGUCUCCUGUACUCUCACUGUUGACACUACUAGUCAACUAUACACCGCAGUUUUAUUGUAGUUUGAUCGGUUACUUUGGUGAUGAUAACCAUGAUACUAAUUCUUGCUUAACAUUGUAAUAAAAUUACACAAUUGCUUUUCACAGACUUGACUUUCUAUAAGUAAAUUUGUUUAAAAUUUAACCAAUAAUGAUAAUAUUUGGAUUUAAAAUAUUAAUUCUAAGUUAAAUUACUAACUCCUCAGAUAUUUAAAAAAUUCCCUGGAUAUUUAACAUCGUGUUAAAAAUGCAACAAUAAACACGUACAUUUUCAAAUAAUACAGACUAAUGAUUGCCUUUAUAAAACAUUGUUUAUUGUUUUCAUUACAUAUGGCAGUUAUCCAUUUUCCGAAUUAACAAAAGUGUCAGUAGACUUUGGUUACUUUUAUGGAUUG